CUGUCAGGAUUUAUGGACAAAAGCGAACGUCAAUUUAUCUCCCACACAAGUAAAAUUAUGUUUAUUUUAUUCCUGUUUUGAUGGACAAAUCAUUUUGAACAGGCGUUUAUAAUUACACUUCCUUUUUUCUUAUAUAUUGCCCAACACAUCGUGUUUCUAGUCCUAACAAAAUCCUGAGCCAGAGCCUCAAUAAUGUUUAAAGUAGAUGAGUCAAGACGUGUUACCAAAAAUAAGAGUCUUGUUGUCUGACAAACACCAUCGGCAUAAACAUACAGAGGUGGAUGUAGCCCUUCCGCUGCAGCUCACCCGCACAUCUGCUUUGGGGGACGAGGAGUUUCUUUUUUUACGCAAUGGAUGUGAGCAGGAGUGGCACUCAGGGGGCUUUAAAUAGGAACUGUCUCCAAACUUUGGUACAACAGAGCAUCUGAAAACUUCCAGUUUGCUCAAAGAUGGACGUCAGCAGGAGACUGGGGAUGAGGGACACUGUACUGGCGUUCUUACUCGCUGUCCUCCAGGGACUUCCUCUUGGAGAAACGGUUCCGAACGCGUCACCGCUGGAUGGAUCCAACUGGGGGGACCCGAGGAGAUACGUUCACCUGCAGACGUCCACAGACUUCAAUAACUUCUACUUGGAGAUCAGAUCAAAUGGCACUGUGCGCAAAACUACAGUCAGGAGUUCAUAUAGUGUGAUUCUACUGAAAGCUGAAACAAGGGAGCGCAUCGCCAUAUUGGGCGUCAAAAGUAGCCGCUACCUGUGUAUGGACCAGGAGGGCAACACGUUCAGCUCUCCCAUUUGCCUCAGAGACGACUGUUUGUUCAACCACAAGCUUCUGGAGAACAACCGGGACGUGUAUUACUCCAGCCGGACCGGCAUCCUACUCAACCUGGAGGGCUCCCGACAGGUGUUCUCCGCAAGCCAGAACCUGCCGCAGACCUCCCUCUUUCUGCCCAAGAAGAACACGGUGCCGCUGGCGCGCCUCCUGCUGCACAGGAAGAAGAGGAACCAGGUGGUGGAUCCUUCCGACCCACACAACGUCUACCUCGGACAGACUGAGGAGGGCUCAGAAUCCCAGGCCGCGCCGGAGGACGACGCUGACGAGGUGGAGGUAGAGGUGGAGGCCGGGGACGACAGGCGCAACUUGUCCCGUGAGACGCCGCUGGCUCCGUCGACCCACGACCCCUGGAACGUGCACUCCCCCCUCCCCGCCAGUCCCCGGAGCACCGGGACUAUGGGCGGAUUUUAGUUGACUGACAAGGGUGCUGCAAAGAUUGGGCGCUCCCUUUACCUUACUAUAAGUGAGUUCAAGUUUAACUUUAGCUUUUGAUCAUAUGGGAACAAAUAUAAAUCAUCUCAAUUUAUUUUGAAAACGGGUGUUGUGUCUACAUCUGUUCCAACCUUUAAACAUAACCACCGCUACUAGAAACAAAGCUUUAACUCGGGGAAUCAGAUUUCGACACAGGACCGGAAUCAGGUUGA